AUGUCUUCAAAAUUCUUUUACUUUGCUCUAUUUCUUGCUAUGAUUUCCACAAGUCACCAAGCCUCGGAAUUUGUAACCCAAUCUUGUGAGAAAACCUUAUUUAAAGACCUAUGCACAACAGCUUUAGAAUCAUCUUCGGCUACCGAUCUGGAAGGCUUGACAAAAGAUGCACUCAACGUGUUAUCUACCAAUGGAACUGAACUAGUCAAGCUUUCUUCUGAAUUGCAGGAAACGGCUUCAGAUCCAAACGUUAAGGAAGUGUUGGUAGAAUGCUCUAAGGCUUAUGUGAAGGGUGGACCGAAAAGCUUCAAGACUCGUUCUGCCCUCGGCUGCCCUCGAUUCUAA